CACACACACACACACACACACACACUCUCUCUCUCUCUCUCUCUCUCUCUCUCUCUCUCUCUCUCUCUCUCUCUUCUGUCUGUCUUUCUUUCUAUCUCUCAGUCAGUAAUAAUGGAGCCAAGCAGUCCGAAGAAGAUCCAGUUUGCUGUACCUCCGCUGCAGGGACAGCUGGACCCACAGGCUGCCGAACAUAUCCGCCGCAGAAGACCAACUCCUGCUACUCUGCAGAUCUACAGACAACCUGGCACAGAUGUUGGAGACCAACAGAAUGCCAGCGGAGAGUCACAGGCUUCAGAUGGCGCUCAGAGGAAGCAGAGCACCUACGCCCCGCCCACCAUGAAAGAGCUUCAGCUGGGGGUGGAGCAACACCUUCUGGGGGCGGGGCUCUGUGACACAGACGAUCAGCUGAGCCCAAUCACAGCACAGCUCUAUGCCACUGCUUCCCUGUGGGCCAAUCACAAUGGGCCAGAGGAAGCCAAUGGGAAUGAGGCGAGUCUGCUGUUAGCCAAUCAGGAGAGAGGAGUGGCAGAGAGCAACAGUUCAGGGGGUAAACUUCUAAAGACAGAAAAACGUACACACUUUUGGCCAGCAGUAUACUCCAAAAUAAAUUAAAUGCUGUGUUAAUUUUUGUCAGAUUCACGUAGUGCUACAACUAAAGAUGAUAAAUGAAAAAUAAAUUGGCUUUAUUACAUGGAAGUAAGAGAAAAAUACACAGCAAGCAACAAUAGCAUGAUACAGUUUGCCAGUGGUGUAUUUUAGAAAUAAUUUUAAUGUUUGUCUCACCAACCCGAGGUAAAUGAUACCAAAAGGGAACGCUUCUGAUUGGCUGUAAGCCCAAAAGCAUUGUGCAAACAUUUCCCAUUCAUCCAAGUUAUUUGGAGUAUACUGUUAGUCUUACAUACACAAACACACUAUGAAUAACCAGCAACCACUAUAUUAUUUUGCUGAUCUACUUCUCAUCAACACUUAGUUGCAAAACAAAAGCAAACAGAUAUAUUUAAAUUGUUUAAAUGCAAUAAUAAAAUAACAAACUACCAUUUCGUACUACAAAUAAAUCAAUAUAAAGUUAUCUGGACUUGUCAUCCAUAAGUCACCAACUCUUUGUUUGCUUCACUGGUACACAUUUUCAUUUAGUCCCAAAUUAAUGCAGUAAAACUGCAGUAAAACUGCAUUAAUCAAUGAAUCUUAUAUUAACACUGAAUCAAAUGUAACAUGAAAGGAGUGGCUUGUAGCAUCCAGAUCAAGGCUAAAUUAAAAUUCUGGGGCUUUAAGGAACUUUUUGUCUCCCUCAGCUCUUUGCUACGCCUGAGCUGCUCUUAUCAAACUCUGCAGGCAGCUGUGUUCAGCAAAUAAGCCCUGAUAAAGCAACCGUACACCAGUGGUGGAGGAAGUAUUCAGAGCCUUUACUUGAAAAUGUUACCCAAGUAAAAUAAUGUAAGAAUCAUCUAGAACAUGUUUUGUGUAUAUAGAAAUCUUAAUUUGUAAAGUAACUAGUAAAUAAAUCUGUCAGAAAAUGCAGUGAAGUAAAAAGCACAAUAUUUAUAUAUUUAUGUCUAGAAGUAGAAAGUGGCAUGAAAAGAAAAGACUUGAGUGAAGUAGAAGUAACUUAGAUUUUAAAUACAGUACUUGAGUAAAUGUACAUUCCACACUGCUGUACAAUACCUGCCCAGCACCAAAAGACAUGCUGGAACAUCUGGCAGCUUAAGAGAGGAGAACUCAGCUAAGAGAGUGAAUAUUGUACAUAAAUUCAUCAGGUAGAUAGAGACACAGCUCUAAAUGAAUAAUAAAGUUGCUCUGUCCAUAACCAUAAUAUCUUAAUUAGCUUUUUGCUCAAAAAUAAUUUCAAAUGCAAAAUGCAGCUUUAAGGUUAAGCUAAAGUGUUACGUGCAGUAAAAGCUAAAAAUAUUCCAUUAAACUUUGACUGCAUCAGAACAACGAACACUGCACUGUCCCUAAUAACUCACUCUGUUUACAUUUCCAUAAUAACACUGUGAAUAUCCUGUAAAUCUCUUGACUACUAACAGCACUAACUCCUCUCUCUUUCUCUUGUCUGUUCUCCUUUUGUGGCUUUGCAUGAUCUAUCAACUUUCUAUUCUCUUUUUCUACACCCCCCCCCCCAACUCC